GAGACUAUCCUAAUCCUCUGCCAACAAAAAUAAAGUGAGCACGAGGCAAGGUUAUGGAUGGUCGGAUGCUCGCCAUCACCGUGCCGCCACCUAGCAGCCAAAGCCCUCUCCGUCUCCGGACGCAUCUGCCAUCAUCGAUCGAUGUCGCAUCUUUGCAAUCCUUUGCCGUUCCAUCCCUGCCUCCGCCGUCCCAGGCCUACCGCCACGUGCACAUUCAUUUCAGCCGCCCCUGCCUUACUGCUGCCACGCGCAUCUCCAUUCCAACCGUCAGAGCCAUUAUGCCGUUGUACUACACCUGCCGCAGGUUCCACCAUCUCAAAUUUCUAGAUUAUCCACAAGGAAUGUGAAUACAUGACACCCUCCUUCAAGGUGUCAUGGCUGUUCAAUGAAAAGGAGUGAACUAGUUCUUCCAAAUGCAGCACUUACACUAUGUUUGGUUCAAGGAUUUUGGAAGGAAAAGAAAAGGAAAUGAUUUUCUCACACUUUCCGCAUUAAAAUGGAAGAAAUUUGGUUUUUCCCUUCUUUUUAUAUAUUUUGCCUUCUUAAUUUCUUUUCCUCCCACUUUUCCUUUCUAACCAAACAACAAAAUCAGUUUUUCACUUCAUUUUCUUUUCUUUUCCAUUUCAAAAUCCUUGUACCAAACAUAGGGUUAGUUUAUCUCUGAUUCAUCCACCCUUUUCACCUCAAACUUCAGGUAAGAAUUAUAUUUACUUGAUAAAGCCUCACAGAACCUAAUUCAUUACAGCGGGAAUUUACUUUCAAUCUAUUCAAAAGUAAAUGUUUGAAGCCCGA